AUUAAAUCCUAUAUAAACACCCAAGUCUUGUGCUACAUUUGAUCAUCACCAACAGAUAGACACAAAACAUCAUUUGAAAACUAUGGUAUCCUUAUUCAAAGCACUGUCCAUGACUCCGAGAACCGAAGUUAAUGAAGAAUUUGAAGCGUCGACGAAGAAACGAAAGUGGGAGGAGCCGUUUACUGAAGAAUUCUUCAUUGAUAAGAAAUCUACAUUCGAUAUAAAGCCUCGCCUCAAAACCAUGUUUCCGUCCGAUAAAUGGCGUCAAUGCCUUAGUAUUCAGUCAGGGCAGAUACAGUUGUGUGACACGAAACUGGACGAGACUGCGAUGGAAGACUCGAGACGAAGCCUUCGGACAUCUUCUGAUCAGAUGAGCUUAGACCUUGAGCUAAACCUGACAUGUGAAUCACAGAGGAAAAAAGAGAACAAGACUUGUUGUGAUGAGAUAUCUGAGAAGCAUAAUUCUGGUAAUUCUAAUUCGCCUAUGAAUUUGAGAGAACAUGAUGAAUCAAACAAAUGUAAGAACGAUUCGUCGGGUGGUUUAAAUGGUUCACCGUCGUGGUUGUCGACGACCGAGGGAGAUUACAAAGAGAUGGUUGCAACAGUUUGUAUGCAGUGCCAUAUGUUGGUAAUGCUAUGCAAGUCAUCACCUGCUUGUCCUAACUGCAAAUUCAUGCACUCACCAGAUCAGAACCCUUCAAAAUUCUUGAAGAGUAGGUGCAGCUUCUUCUGUUCUAGUUAGGAACUUGCAGAUACUACUCAUCUAGAAAUUUUCAGCUUUGUAUACAGCAUGGCAAGGACCAAUCCUAUGUUAUCUAUGUUGUUCAUUUCACUUAUAUAUAUAUAAAUAUCUAGCCUAGUAUAUAAUCAUAUAUA